CUACCUAACUAUGAUUCGGGAUCUACAAAAUUAUCUGUUAUAGGUAGCAAUGAUUGUGGUGGUCAACUUGGUUUAGUAAACGUAGAUGAAGUGAAAUUUCCUAAGCAUGUAGAAUAUCUGGAUAAAUUUAGAAUUGUUUAUAUAAGUGUUGGAAGCCUUCAUGCUGCUGCUUUAACGCGGGAUGGAAAAGUUGUUACUUGGGUUUGUAAUAAUCAUGGCGCCUUAGGUAGAAUUACAGAAAAUGAGGAUGAUGAAAGAGAACCUUUCUAUGCUCAAGGUAUUGAUAAUGUAACUAUUGUAAAAGUCGCAUGUGGCGGAAACAUAACAUUAGCUUUAUCAAAAGAUGGUCAGUUAUAUAUUAGUAGUACAUUUAAGGAUGAGAAUGGGGUACUAGGAUUUUCUGCAAAGAAUAAAGACAAACUUAAACAAAAAAUUUUUAUAAAAUACGAUACUAAAUCCAAAAUUGCAGAUAUAGCUGCGGGUGAAAAUCACG